AUGGACCUUCAUUCCGCGCGCAGCAGCGUCGACCGCACGGGGCUGAUCCGCCGCCUCGCCGCCCUCGGCGCUCCGGUCGCGACGCUGGCCGAGGCACGGGCCGCCGGAUCGGCGGCCGCGAUCCUCGAGAUUGCGACCGAGGCCGGACUUCCCCUCGCCGACGCGGUCGCCGCGGAGGCUCGUGCUGCGGCCGAGGCCGCGCUCGCCGCGCGCGGCUUCAGCCCCAAGUGGACGUGCUCAUCGUCGACCGUACAGGCUGCAUCGUUGGCCGCGCCGGCCCCUGAGCAGCCGCCGCGGCUUCUGAUCCUGGGCGGCACGACCGAGGGCCGUGCCCUCGCCACGGCGGCCGAGAGGCGCUUCGGCCCACUCUCACGGUGA